AGACAUCAAUUUAGGAUUGGAAAGGGUUUUCCAAACGGGACUUGUGCGCCCAUCAAUGGCGAAGAGUUUUUCGGUGUAAUUACGAUCGAGAAAUCACUGGUGCGUAAUUGGUCGUUUGCAGCAUUUGGAGUGCCCUCCAACGGGUUGUGCUUGUUUCGUUCCGUUGUUUGAAGCAGUGAAAAGUGAAGUUCUGGAUUUGACAGAGAAUGUGAUUAAUCGCAGCUGGAUCUUUUAGACGUGAAAGUUUGGUCUGUGAAAAAGUGAUAGUGGCAAGGCUAGCUACCGUGUGCGUGAACGAAUGUCGUUUGUCUAGCGAGGCUCCCCAGUACAGAGGAAUACGUGUACCGCAAAGUCGGCGGGCUAGAAAAGCAAUAAUUGUGGGAUUAACGAACGUUUCGCCGAACAACUGGAGUAGGACGGACCAGCGGAGAACCGUUAAAAUGUUGUCGAGACGAGGCUUUAUUGUGGCUACAGGAGCACUCGCACUGUGCAGCCUCAUCUCCGUUGCUGACGCCCUGCAGGGUUACUAUGGAACCAAGAUAGGAGAUCUAACUCAGUUGCAUCACGGUGUAUCUGGAUCGGUUUAUGCGGUCGAUGCCCGAACAUUGUUUUUGAAGAAUUUCAACUACGAUGGCGAAGGUCCGGCGGCCUACUUCUAUGUGGGCAACACCCGGGCACCGAGCAACAAAGGAGCCCACCGACUUCGAGACGAGCGAGGACGUUCCGGCAUCCUGAGAAAGUAUCGAAAUGAGGACAUCACACUAUCGCUUCCCGAGGGGAAAACAUUGCGGGAUAUCCGAUGGUUCUCGAUUUGGUGCGAUGACUUUAGUGUCAACUUUGGCGACGUGGUGAUUCGAAACGAUUUGGAUUUUCCAAGGCCAACCAAAAUAGGGCAACUAGAAGGGGUUCAUGAUGUGGGUUCGGAUAAUAUUGUCAUUGUGGAUGCUCAAACGCUGCUGAUUCCGAACUUCAAUUACGAUGGGGAAGCACCAGAUGCUAAAUUUUGGGUUGGCCGCGGACCGAAACCUAGUCCACAGGGAAUUCGUAUUCCGGACGAAAACGGUAAGGAAACACCAUUGCGUCGGUAUGACAAAAAGACCAUCGUCCUAACCUUGCCCGGAGAUUUGACCGUGUUCGACAUUGGCCAUUUUGGCGUUUGGUGUGAAGCAUUCACCGUUGACUUCGGACACGUGCGCAUUCCGGAUCAAAUCAACGUACCUCCGUCGCUGAAGAUGCUGGGCAUCAGCCCCCAGUCCAAACUGAACUGUGAAGUACUCCUGGAUGACCUGGCAUUCGAGGUGCGAUGGGCGGUCGCGGGCGAGAGCAUCGUCAUUCAGCUUGUGGCCAAACUGGAGGACGGCGAGUACAUGGCAUUCGGUAUCUCCCCGGAUAAUGCGAAAAGUGUGAUGGUGGGUGCUGACGCUGCCGUAGUAUGGGUAGAUAAAGCUACAGGCAAAGGAUUUGCACAGGAUUAUUUCCUGGAUGCAAAGUCCCAGUGCUCCGGUGGGCGAGGUUCAUGCCCCGACACGCAGAUUACUAAAAAUAGUAACUCAAUCCGGCUGCUGAACGCUGCUAUGGUGAACGGAUAUUCCAUUGUAACCUAUCAACGUCCACUGCGAGCAACAGACCAUCUGGAUUUGCCAAUUGUCACUAACGGGUCGCAAGCGAUCGUCUGGGCUAUCGGCCCUCUGAAUCAGCGAUACGAAGUAUCCUAUCAUUCACAAUUUUUGAAAAAUGACAAAUUGGUCGAUUUCGGUCGCCAGCCGUACUGGAACUGUCCGACUCCAGAAUCCGAUCAACGCAAGCCGCAAGAAACGCCACAGAAGCUGCAAAAUUUGGAACCAAACCGCCGAGUUGACUCUGUGCAGCGUCCGAAAGCACCGGCCACAGCGCGACCUCCGGCAAAACCAGGCGCAUGGGAUAUCCCUCCGAUUCAGUGCUACGAGCCGGACGAUGGCGUUUUUUAUGCUCAAAUGGGCCCAACUGGGGGCAAACAAGGCUAUCCAGCAAUUACCGGGCAUGUUGGUUGGGGCAUUUCCUGGUAUAUCAACGGAUUGCUCAUUCCGGAGGUUAAUGUGGUGCGUGGAAAAACAUACACUUUCGUCGUAGAAGGUGGUCUUGAUCCGGAAAUUCCUGCUAAAUAUCAUCCGUUCUACAUAACCGAUGAUCCAGUCGGUGGCUACCAGCACCAGGAAGAGGAAGUUAGGAAGAACAUACGUAUUUUCGCUGGAGUUCAUCAAACACAAAGCGGACAGUUGAAACCAAUCGGCGUUGGACGGCUCUGCAAUUGGACACCAAAUCCAGACGGACCACCAGCCGAUGCCUAUCCCUCCUUCGGAGCAUACCAACGCAGUUUGACGUUAAAAUGUGACCCGGGCGAGCCCGGUGUUAUCACCUGGACACCAGAUGCGGACACUCCCGAUACCGUGUAUUACCAGUGUUUUACCCAUCGAUAUCUCGGUUGGCGCAUCAACGUGCUCGACUCGUGCGACGUAGCGGCUCCAAGCGAAAUCGACGAAGUGUACGCUGACCCUAACGAGGAAGGAAUCGAUGCGGAACAAUCGAUUCGGCACGAAUCGAAAUUGCUCCCCUCGGAUCCCUACCUGCAGCAGCAUGAUAAUCAAAUCGGUCAAAAUGAGAAAGAAUCAAUUAAAAAUCACAAAAUGAAUGAAGAUCAACGGAAUGGUGAACAAAAUUUGGAUUUAGAAAACGAUCCUGAGAUGACCAAAAUCAUAGAGGAAGGCAUCCGAGCGGCCGAAGAUCUUGAAGAGAAACUCAAGAAUAAUCAAACCUACGGAAACUACACCGGAAACGAUCAACCUCCUCAUCAGUCUGAGGUAUCUCACCCGGGAAAGCCCGUACUAACGUCAUCCGGUCUUCCGGUGUACCUACGACCGCCGAACAGUGGGCCCAUGUUCCGUCCGGUGAAACUACCGAUGCGCCGACCGAUUGCCGUCGAGAGGCGUCCCAUCAACGGUCGUCCCAAUCGACCAUACGUCAUCCCGCAACCUUCCAUGAUCAUCAGCCACUAUCAAAAACCAUUAAAUCCCCUGGUGAGACCAUUCAUGCAGAAGAAUAAACUUCCCAUGAAAGCCAUCGCUCCGAUUCUGCUACUGGGAGAACCGACCGAAAUUAAACCCUUCCGAAAAGCUCCCGGUCCGCCGCUACCUCCUCCUCCGAUGGAGAUGAUGUUGGUCAAACCAACCAAAACCAUCCAGUACAUGAUACCGGAGAUGCCACCCCACCUGACCAUGAAUCUCAAAAUGCCAGAUCAAACGCCCAUCAACCUGCCGGUCCGUUACACGAGACGACCGAUUAUGAAGGAACCGCUCAACGUCAAGCCAAUCUUCAAAGCACCGUACGACGUUCACGAAAACAAAACCCCCGUUGAACCGCCACCGAACACUGGAUUCGAGCCCAGCUCGGUGGUAGUGGAGAGUGGUUUCAAACCGAUUCAUCGCCGCAACGGCGAAUCCAACGCGGAGUUCGAGGACCUCAUGCGACACCAUGGGAAUAUGAUUCAACGUCGGCAGGACUACGACAUUGAUGAAGCGAUUGAAAGCGAUGCUCUGAUGAUCGGUAGCGGAGAACCCCAAAGGCAGGCUUUCGAACCGAUGUUUAUACCUUCGCCUCUGGACAGUAUGGCGAUGGCUCAGAAGUCGUCGGAAGUCAUCAACGAGCAGAAAGACCAACUCAGUGGAGAUCUGAAACAGAUGAACGUUGAAAUCGGUGAAGACAAAGUGGCCAUGGCUGACGAUCGUGUCGAUUCAUUCUACCUCCCUCCAGAUGGUCAAAACGUAGUCAAAAUUUAUCCAGAAGGAACAUCCGUCGUAUCCUACGACGGUAAAGCAGUGCUGGAUGUUUCCUUGCUAAAAUCAUCUAGCAACGUGCGACCGGAGUCCAUUUCGAAAACGGAACAAUUCGUACGCGACAACCCGCAGUUCGGUCCGUUCCGCGGGGAAAUCCCUCCGAUUUCCGACUACGUUGCACCGGAUUCGCACCCAAUUUACGGUGUACGAGGAACCAACGCUGUUCAACCCCCGGUGUCGGAGUACGCGAACCCACUUGUGCCGGGCGGCAUCAAUGCACACGACAACAGCAAAGAUCUAAGCGUGAAACCAAUUUCCACCAAACUGUCGAUCGUCAAACCGGUAGAGGAAGAACCAGAAGAAUCGCGGAAAAAACGAGAAGCGCAUCAUCAUCCCGAUCACCACGGAGAUAACUUGGAAGACGGCUGGGAGGAUCGACACACUAAAAGUGAUGCCACGAAACCGGUCGCUGUAGCUACGCUUUUGUCUGUUGCUCCUCUGAUUCUCUUCCGGAGAUCGCUUUGA